AUGACAGCCGUGACAACAACUUCCUCCAAGAUGAAAGCAGCGGGUCUCGCGAUGCUGUGCCUCUUCCAAUCGUCCGCCAUGGCAUCCACACUUGAGGGCAGCGUCGUUGUACCAAUGGGCCAAUACAUGAAUCCAAUCGAAGUUGAAUUCUAUUCACUUCCUGACAGUGUCGACUUUGUGACAAUUCAGAGUCAUGGACUUCCCAGAGAAGAUGGCGGAUACUUCAAAGUGAGCGGGCCAGUGGAUUGCAUCAAUUUCGUUUCCACAGACAAAAUUAUCAUCUCUGGCCAGGUACUUGGGACGGCCAUGCAUCAGUCUCUAAGCUUCUUUGGGGUUGGAGAGAAACUCCUGCUGGCAAUGGAGAGCACUGGAACUGGAUCGUUGAGGAAAGUCAGCACCAUUUCAAGGAUUGAUGCAUCUCAGGAUUGCUUUGAUCAUGAAUGGACGGAGUUUACCGUUUUGUCGGCCUUGGCGGGUGAAGUCCACAUCUUGGACUAG